AUGAGCUUCUGGCACGUCCUGCCCUUCUUCUUUGCCAUUCAUGAGGUCAACCAGAAUCCAAAGCUGUUACCAAACAUCUCCCUGGGAUACAGCAUCUAUGAGAACUUUUUCAAUGCAAGGAUCACAUCCGAAGUCAUGAUGGACUUGCUGUCUACAGGGCAGGAGAAUGUCCCAAACUACAGUUGCGGAAGACAAAACAAUCUUUUGGCUGUGUUUGAAGAGACUGAUUCAGAACUCUUUAAUUACAUUUCAGCUAUGCUAGGCACCUACAAAAUUCCACAAAUCAACUAUGGGGUCAUCAGCCACAUUCCAGAGCAGAAACACCAUUUUCCUUUUUUCUACCGGAAAGUUUGGAAGAGAUGCCUGGAGAAAGAGAGCUGGGAAAUCCCAGCCCAGGAUCUGGUUGAAAGAAUCCUGUCUGAGGAUGGCUCCAGUAUUUCCACAGCAAUCCAGGUUGUGGCCUGGGCCCUCAGUGCUGCUUUUUCCUCCCAAAGGAGUAAGAGGAAGAUGCAUAUUUGGGAUAUCCAGAUGCUCCAUCCUUUUCUAAGAAACUUCCAGAUUUACAAUUUUUCUGUAAAUGAUGUUUAUUUGGAUGAGAAUGGAAUUCCUACUGCUGACUUUGAUAUCAUGGACUGGGCAGUAUUUCCCAACAAAUCUGCUGCUGGGGUGGUAAUUGGGAAUAUUGGAAAAGAAGAAGUCUCUUCAGAUAUCAAGGUCUCUAUCCACGAGAGUGCCAUCAUAUGGCCAACGUCUUUUAACCAGAAGGCCCCCUUUUCUAGGUGUAUUGAAAGUUGCCUCCCAGGAUAUACCAAGCUCUUGAGGGAGGGAGAACCACUUUGCUGUUAUGACUGUUCUCCAUGCAUGGAAGGAACCAUCUCUGUGCAGGAAGAUGUAGCCCAUUGUGAAAAGUGUCCAGAUGACCACCAUUCCAACAACAAACGAGAUCUGUGUGUUCCCAAAGUUAUGACAUUUCUGUCCUACAGAGAAAACUUAGGUCUUGUUCUGGCUAUCUCUGCCCUUUUUUUGUCUCUAAUCACUGCCUCAGUUCUAGGAAUUUUUAUUAAAUAUCGAGAAACUCCCAUAGUCAAAGCCAACAACCGGGAUCUCACCUACAUUCUGCUGAUCUUUCUCUUGCUUUCCUUCUUGACUUCCCUUCUCUUCAUUGGUCAACCCAAGAAAGCGACCUGCCUUCUUCGACAAACUGCCUUCAGUGUUGUUUUCUCAGUUGCCGUGUCAUCCUUGCUGGCCAAGACUAUCAUGGUGGUGGUGGCAUUUCUGGCCACAAAGCCAGGCAGCAGGAUGAGGAAAUGGCUGGGGAAAUCUCUGGCCAAUUUCAUCAUCUUCUCCUGCUCUGGUGUUCAGGUGGGCAUCUGUUUCAUAUGGCUGGGAAUCUUUCUCCCAUUCCCAGAUUCUGACUUCUAUUCCCAAAAAGGACAGAUCCUACUGCAAUGCAAUGAAGGUUCAGUUACAAUGUUUUACAGUGCCCUUGGCUAUAUGGGCUUUCUGGCUGCCAUAUGCUUCUUGGUGGCGUUCCUGGCCCGGAGGUUGCCAGGCUCUUUCAACGAAGCCAAGCUGAUCACCUUCAGCAUGUUGGUUUUUUGCAGUGUUUGGGUCUCCUUUGUCCCCACCUACCUGAGCACCAAAGGGAAAUACAUGGUGGCUGUGCAGAUCUUCUCCAUCCUGACUUCCAGCCUGGGCUUACUGGGCUGCAUCUUUGUCCCCAAAUGUUACGUCAUCAUUCUGAGACCUGAUUUGAACAUGAAGGAGCAUCUAAUGAUGAAAAACAACUAGAGCUCUUGAUUUUGGCAAUUAUUGUUUUUAUCCAAAUGGUAGCUAAAAUAAAAUAAGACAUUGCAAAUUGCAAUAAGAUUGCAAAAUUGCAAAUUUUUUGGUAUUUGUUCUAAGAAUUUUUUCUUUCUUCCAUGUGAUUAAUCUUGCUAUCAAUAAAUAGCAUAGGAAAGUUAUUGAUGUUUCUUCCAGCAGUUUAAAACCAUGUUAUUUGUCUUCCAAUCUACAUUUCUUCAAUAUCCAUUCAGCAUACAAGUUGAAUAAAUAAGAAGGAUGUCAGCCCUGGAAGCCAUCUUUUUCUUUAGAGCUUCUGAGCUGUCACAUUUAGUGCCUGGGAAAACGGGAUGGGGGAUUUCAAGGAGUCGGUGGAGAAUUAGCCAUAACAACAUUCCUUUCUCUGGGAACCAAGGACAAUCAGCCUGCACCUGGAUGGGCGUGCCCGGGGGUUUGCCUCCAGUUGGGACAGUGAAUUGAUUGGAUCAUGUGAUGGACAUGUGGGUGAAGGGGAUGGAACUUUGACUUUCUUUUGGGUGAGGAAAACUGGAAGCUUUCAGAUUUGGGUUUUCCCAGAUGUGUCAAUAUGACUUCUCUAAUAAAAUGGAACUUU